AUGAUGACAAAUGUUAUUUCAUCGAUGCUAUUGACACCUGCAGCUUUAGAAUCCGUGCAAGAAAUUAUAUAUGAUGAUCCGUUGGAACUGUGUAUCAUUCAAGGUGAGGAAAAUGAUGGGGAUGACCCCAUUAGAGUUGAGCAAGUAGCUCAUCUAGAAGCUACCGAGUUCAUGAUUUGGAAGAAGAAGUUUGAGGAGAUUGAUAGAGGUAAGGAAAAGAGAUAA